AUGUCUGAAGAAAUAAUCCCUUCCGUUACUACUAAAUCAGGCGAUACAGGAUACGGUUUGCCUCGCUCUGGAAAGAAACUUCUCAAGGAUGAUGUCAUCUUUGACUUAAUUGGUACACUUGAUGAACUUAAUUCUAAUAUUGGAUUGUCAAUAUGUGAGGCAGACCCAAUAUUAAAGAAACAAUUCACAAAAAUUCAGAUAAUGUUGUUUGAAGUUAGCGGAUUUGUUGCCAUGAAUAAACCAUUUUCUGAAAAAUCCAAAUCCUAUACGCAAAAACUUGAAAAAUGGGCAUAUAAUUUAGAGAAACCCCUUCCACCUCUAGAUUCAUUUAUUUUGCCAGGUGGUCAUGUAACUGGUGCCAGGAUCCAUGUGACAAGAACUGUUUGUAGACGAUGUGAAAGAUCUGCAGUCACAUUUAUUCAUAAUUCAACAGAAAUAAGCCAAGAUGAUAGUAAGUUAUUGAUUCAAUUCUUGAAUCGAUUAUCAGAUUAUCUAUUUUGUGCUGCAAGAUACCAAAAUUUCACACAGAAUGUUCCUGAAACAAAAUGGCUACCAUAA